AUGCAGAUUGGUUUGCCAACAGAUGUAAAGCAUAUAGCUCAUAUAGGAGCUGAUGGGCCAUCUGUAAAUUCUAAUGCACCCAGCUGGAUGAAUGAGUUUAAAUCAGCAGCACCAGGAGCACCUAAUUUAGCUAAUGGAGGAGAAGCUGCCAAAUCUGUCUCACAAGAUAAACCAGAAGUGGGUAAAUCAUCAAAGCGAAGUUCAUCUACAAAUGCAAAUGGCAACGGAGAUUCUUCAUUAAAAGUAAAACGUGACAAUAUCUCACAAGCCCAAACCUCAUCAUCAUCAUCAACAACAACAGAUAAACCAGAGCAACCCAAAUCAUCGAGGCGCACUUCAUCUGCAAACAGAACAGAUCCUUCAUUAAAGGAAAAACGAGAUAAAAAUUCACAAAGUACCCAAAGUUGUUCUUCAUUUUCAGAUAUGCCCGAACAACCCAAAUCAUCAAAACGCAGUUCAUCGACGAACGUGAAAUCCAGGGUGGAAGGUACAAAGGAGAAACGAGAUAAGCCUAAACAUUCGAAGAAGCCAUCGAAGAACUCUUCUUCAGAUACUGUUAGCAAGCCUAAAAAAGCACCCAAAGAUCUGAGUCAAAUCACUGACUCGAACUCGGAAGACCUACCGAAGAAAAGCAGUCGUCGGAAAAAGACGAAAGACGGCGGCGUUAGCGGAACAACCAAGCGGAACCAGACCCAGGAUUUGGAUUCCGGGUCGGAGUUUGGGUCCGAAUCUAGAGAUGGUUCGGGUUUUGAAGAUGGGGAAGAAAGGUGA